UGCAGAGCGCAGUUGUUCCCCAUCCAGUCCGGUGCAGUGUUUGCAAAUAUCUCGAACACAAGCGAGAAAAGAAAAAAAACGGGGGGGAAUCGGACGCUGCUGGUUUCUGUGCGCCGAAAACAAGCGCUUCUCCGUCUGCGUCGCAUGCAAACGCUCCAGCAGGGGAUACUUCACUUCUUCUUCUUCUUGUUCUCAGCAUCUCUUUAUUUUAUUCACUGGGUGUUUUUAUACCUGGGGAGACAGAUUUUAAAGUGCAGCUAAAUAGGCUUGUUUUUUUUUUUUUUAAAACAAGCUCGGGAAAAAAAAUGGAUGUUCUACCCAUGUGCAGCAUCUUUCAAGAACUUCAAAUAGUUCACGACACGGGCUAUUUCUCAGCCUUACCAUCACUGGAGGAGUACUGGCAGCAGACAUGCUUGGAGUUGGAGCGCUAUCUGCAGAGCGAGCCUUACGUCUCCACAUCUGACCUCAAGUUUGACGGCCAGGAGGACCUCUGGAGCAAGUUGAUCUUGGCCUGUGGGGAUAAGGCCAAGACCGAGUCCGACCCAAAGAUCCCCCCAGCCCACGAGGAGGACAAUCAGGACAGCCAAAUCUUGGACACCAACAGUGUGAAUUCUGAUGCCAGCAGCGAAGCUUCAGACAGUUCUGAGGAGCUCUCGCCCACACACAGCUUUACCUCCAACCCUCUGGGGUCUGUCUUGGUUGGCUCUGGACCUUUUAGCCCCUCCAUCAUUAGCACUCCCCCGUCUUCUCCAGAGGCCAAUUCGGAGCCCAGCGGUGUGACAAACAGCUGGCUUGGCACACACGCCGAAUUACACUUGCCGGUCAAAAUCAGGACCGGCGGAAUCGCAAAGAAUUCGGAAAAGACGGGACUCAUCUCUGGGGACGCGUCUCCUGACGGCAGGAGGCGAGUACACAGGUGUCACUUCAACGGGUGUCGCAAGGUUUACACGAAGAGUUCCCACCUAAAAGCACACCAGCGCACUCAUACAGGUGAGAAACCGUACAGGUGUUCAUGGGAGGGCUGCGAGUGGCGUUUUGCACGAAGCGAUGAGUUGACCAGACACUUCAGGAAGCACACUGGGGCAAAGCCAUUUAAAUGCAGUCACUGUGACAGAUGUUUCUCCAGGUCUGACCAUCUGGCUCUUCACAUGAAGAGGCACAUCUAAAGCAGGGCAAGCACCAACCAAGCAACGCGUCGUAGGCGAACAUUUAAAGGAGAGAAAAAAAAAAUAACGCUGUCUCCCGACCAGUCUCUUGGUUGAACUGUCCCAGAGCGGAGUGGUGGGAGUGUGUUCCAGCCAAAGCAUGCCGUUUUGCACCAUACUGAAACCCAGUGCCUCCGGGACCUCUCUUUGGAGAAAGGCGCUCUGAAGGUUGUCUGUUGCAACAAGAGGACAAAUCAUGGAUGGGAGAAAUUUUUGAUUGAGAAGGACUUUUAACACACACAAAAAAAGAAAAAAAAAAAUCAUAAAAGACACAAAAAGAAUGAAUGAAUUGUAUGUAUGGUGCAUGAUGAUUUGGGGACAUCUCCCGGACAGCAGAUACACUGGUACUUUACAAAAAGAAAACUGUCUGAGGUAAGCAUGUGUGCACUGUGAAUGUCUGAGAUUGGCUAACUGGCCCAUGUAAGAAGCGAAGAAGAAGAAGAGAGGAUAUGGGAGGGAAGAGGAGAUGGAUGGAUUGAUGGAUGAUGGUCCGGGGCUGGUACCAAUGUUGCUGUGGACUGAAUGGGUUUCUGGGGGAAACGCGUUCCAUUUGCGUUUCCCCAGUGGCAAUGUGAGGAUGGGGCAGGGAGGAAGUUCCUGCCUGUCUUGGCACCCAAACCGGGGGGAGGGGGUCGGGUUCCUUUCAUCCGAAACCUUUGCGGCCUUGGGUUUGACCAGAAAGAGGGCCGACGACACGGGUCGCCCUCCGGUCUGUGGCCCAGGGACCACAACUCCCUCUGGUCACUGUAUGACAGGAGCUUUUUUUGGUGUUUUUGGUGCAGCUACUAAAUGUGCAAUGUGUUAUGUAGCCUGGUUUAUUAUUUUUUUACAAGCUACAAAGCUCAUUUGUAGUCCAAUUGUAUAAGCUGUGUGCUUAGAGGUAUAACACAACUAUACUAUAACUUCAGUAUCAUAGACAGGUGUUGCAUGGUUCUAGGGUUUGUUCAUUUCCUGUUUCCACUGUAAUCAGGACUGCAAAUAGUUUCAAUAAAAGUGCAGCUAAAUGCGAACGGUUAAAUGUUACAAUAUUGUACAUAACGCCUUGAUGAUUUCCACUGUUCAUCCACUUCCAUCACUUUUGUUUCUCAUCCGGCUGGAGAACUCGCCACUGCUUACUAAUCCAUGCAUUCUGUUUUUUUUGCAUUCAUCCUAUGCCUUGAGGACAUUUUUUUAAAUUUUAUUUUUGUAAUUCCUUUCGGUUUUCUAUCUAAAUAAUGCACUGUUGACCUUAAUGGUGCCUUAUGCAAGUGACGUAGCCCUGCUCGUGGUGGUGAACUCCUCGGGGAAUGUCACAUUUGUCGUAUGGGUGAUUUGACAAGCUUGAUCAAGGCUCAAUUACAAAUUAACUCGCACCUCUUCGUUCGAUGUGUAAUGACCGUUGUCAUCUAUUAAGACGAACAAUUGCGGUGUUAAAAUGUAAAUGUUCCUGAGAGGACCUUUUUUAAGUUGGUUGCUUUUUUUAAUUUUUUUUUUUUUUUUAUUUCAGAGCACUAAUUUAGUUCAUGUAUAUCACUUCAAUUAAGUCCGAAUAUGUAAAUAAGACAAAUUAUGUAUGUUUAGAGCACUUAAAUUCAUUUAUUAAAGUUGUUAACUACCAUGUAGUAUGUACUGAAGUCCAUCACUCACAGCUCUAAGGUACAACUUAACCAGACAAAAUCAACAAAAACAGGUCUUUGUAUUUAUAACGUUACCAAACUUCGGCUGUUGUCCCCCCGUAUCCUUCCCUCCCAUCACCAUCACCACCCCCCCUACCCCUACCCCUUGUCUUUUCAUCCACACAAGUGGGACUGAAGAAAAAGCUAAAGAUUUAUUGUAAUUAACAGGCUGCAGUUGGACAGGCCUCGCCUUGUACUGCCUCUCAGUAAUGAAUUGCUAAAGGCUUUGUUGGCAUGGAAUCUGUCACAGACUGCUGACUGUGUAGGUUGGUUAUUGACCUGUCUGGGGAGCGUUGUUUUAGCCAAGCUGCAACAGUAUUAUGAAAACCACAGGAGUGAGUGAGGGGGCGGGCGCUCUCAGGAGAAGAUAAAGAUCAACCAUUCGAGCUGAACCAUUGACGGUGUACAUGGAGAUUUGGCAAACACACUAUGACGAUAUCUCCCCAAAGGUGAAUCUGUAUUUGUUAGAUUUGUUAUCGGAGGCGGGAGAUGGAUACUCGACAAAAAAAAAGGUGGAGAGCAAAAUAAUUAUAGGGAUUUGUUUAAACUCUAGGAUAAAGUGAUCCGUGACACCCUCUCCAGAUCAGCGACCCGCUCUAGCCCGCCGCCGGAAUCCAAUGUUGCAGCAAGUUGCACCGCGGCAUGCUACGACAUAUGGAUUUCAGAUCAGCGGGUGAAAGAGACAGGAUGAGUACAAACUUGAAACUGCUUGCUGCAAUAGAUUCAGAAUGCUGGCAAGGCCUUUUGUGAGCAAGGAGAGGAACAUCUACUGUGUGAAACAGCAGCCAAUACUGGUCAAGGGGUAAUUGAGCCUUGAUUUAGCCUCAUGUUUGCUCACAUCUUUUACACUUUCCAUCACUUUUCUUCUCUUUCAUCCCACUACCCCAACUUGUCCUGUCGUACACACACACACACACACACACACACACACACACACACACACACACACACAGCUCUUUGUUCUCAACUGAAUCUUUAUAUAAAAAGAAAAAAAAAACAACUUUUGUAAAAUUGUUAUGUUUAUGCUUUAUGAAAUUUUUAUUUGAAAUUGUUUUGCAAAAUUGUUAUAUUUCUGUAUGAAUGUAUUUUUUAUUGGAAUAAUAAGAAAUUCUUAUCUGAC